CGGACCAUCGCCUUAAAACUCAUAUGAUUCGCGUUCGUUCAUAACGAAGAUAACAGAAAGGUGUCUUGAGAAGCAGCCGGGUGUUUCUUCGCUCGAUGACCAGAUUAUCGACAGUUUAACUAAUGCGUUCUACUUAAUAAGCCGCGUUGUUUUAUCAUAUGUUAAUAAAUGCUCAACUGUAAGUUGUCCAAAGACUCCAGAAGUGUGUUUGCGGAGCUGAGAAUGUUCGAGACUCGAGGAAUCUUCGGGGUUUGUGUGGAUGUGAGCUGUUUGCUGCUCGCUGGACUUCCAUUUGCGAUACUGAAUAUUCAGCACACGCCGUUCAAAAGAGGCUUUUUUUGCAGCGAUGACUCCAUCAGGUACCCCUUUAAAGAAGAUACCAUAUCCUACCAGUUACUGAUGGGGAUAAUGAUUCCAUUCGCGCUGUUGAUGAUAAUCUUUGGAGAGUGUUUUUCUAUACAUCUGAGGUCCAGAGCUUCUUUCAGUUAUGAGUAUAUAGCAUGUGUGUACAAGGCCGUAGGAUCAUUCGUGUUUGGAGCGGCGUUGAGUCAGUCUCUGACUGAUAUCGCCAAAUACACCAUCGGCCGUCUGCGACCACACUUUCUGACCGUGUGUAAACCAGACUGGAGCCUCAUUGACUGUAAAUCCGGUUAUAUUGAGAACUUCACAUGCACAGGAGAUCCAGUCAUCAUCAAUGAAGGCCGACUUUCCUUUUAUUCUGGUCACUCAUCAUUCUCCAUGUACUGUAUGCUGUUCCUCGCCCUGUAUAUUCACUCUAGAAUGAGGGCAAGUUGGGCUCGACUGGUUCGUCCGACUCUGCAGUUCUCUUUCAUCGCCGUGUCUCUUUACGUGGGUCUGUCGCGUGUCUCUGAUUAUAAACACCACUUGAGUGACGUUCUCACUGGAUUCGUUCAGGGAGCCGCUGUGGCACUGUUUACUAUGUUCUUUGUAUCGGAUCUGUUCAGCGCCAAACGCACGUCAGAUAAAGAUGAUGAGAUCUCACACACGAGUCAGCAGGAGACGUCAGAUCCGCCGAACCACUACGGCAGCACAGACUAAGACAGAACACACUGGAUUCGGAAGGAAUCGCUGUGGAUUUUUCAUUUUUACAGUAACAUGCAAUCCUUUCAACAAAUGAUUCACGUCAAUUUUAUAAUAUUACUGGGCAAAAGGUCAUUUUUCAUAAUGCACAGCAGUAGAGAAGAUUAAAAUGUCAUCAUGAUAAAUACAACGGCAGUGCAAAAAUAUUCUCACUGCAGUGGCUGCAUAUACAUUACAUUUAUAUUUAGUCGUUUAGCAGAUGCUUUA